AUGGCACACCAAGCACACAAUAUUCCUUGGAGUCUUCUGGCAUCAAACCUUCACUGGAGCAAAACCUCUCACCAUGGCCGGGGCGUCACAAAUCUCCGCCCUAGCAUGAAACCUAACCAAGGCAAAGAGCUCACUUACUUCAUCGAAGCGUUUAUCCGAACCAUCAGCGACCAUUCAGUAUGCGAGCGCAAGAAGUUUCCCUCCCAAUACGCACCGGUAGAUCCAACAGACGUUAUUCUUGAGCCAGUAACAGUUCAGAAAAUUACACCUACCGUUCGCAAAUGGCGUAACCACGGCUUCCGGGGCAUGUGCCCUAGUUGUAUUUGCCCAGUAUGGAAAGGAGAAGAGUGUCGAUGUAUUCCCAUCCCAGACGAGGCGAAAAAGGCGUCCGCAUUUCUCCGGCCUACCUACGUGAGAUAUUGCUACGAGCCCUACAAGGAGACUCUUCACGUGUUCUUCAACGUCGAAGUAGUGAAAACCUUGCUCAUGCACGAGGAGAUGGGCACUAUUUUACGUAUUUGUGCUCUUCCUGAACUGGAUCUGAAGCGAUGGUGGACUGACUAUUGCGAAUGUGGGCUCUGUCCAAGGAUCCUCGGAUGGGACCGAGUGUGUAUCAAGGCCCUCCGAACCUACGUAUGUCUGAACACGAUUUACUGCUUCCCAGAGAUAUGGAAUGAGGCUUCCGGUAGAACAAUGGAAAUGGACUACCGGAACAGCGGGUGCUACCAGUUUACGCUGAGAACAUGCACGAGCACAGGGUAUGGAUCAGAAGUGAGCUCAUACCCGCAUCGACAAUUCUUCGGUAUAGGCGACAACCAAUUCAAAGGCGCCGACGAUCAUCCCGAGAUUGAAAAGACGCACUGGCUACGAUGGACCACCGCCAAGCAUCGGCUCGGGCUGUUGGACUAUUAUUUUUCUCGGAGCGACCAUUGUGGAAUGGUACCCAUUAACGAGUUUCUCGCCGUCGAAAAUAAGGCCUUCGCAGGACGGCGACCAGGUUUGUCCGACGUGUCACUUGUUCAGAACUACUUAUACCAGAAAGGUUUGCCAGUGGAGCUGGUUUUAGAUGUUAUGGAGCUUGCUGGAUAUCAGCCGGUGGGACGAUUGAGCGAGCCCCAGGAUCCAUUCCACUCAUCAAAUCGUACAGAACUGGCUCGGUACCUCACAUAUUGCUGGCGAUUGCUGGUCAAUUGCGACAUGAUGGCCAAGGCCAUUGGCAUGCAACUACCAUGGAAAGAACUACUAGGCAACUGUAUCACUGACUUAUGGGCUGAUGACCGCUAUGGGCAUGGACGCUUUUUUUGGUGGGCUCGGGACGAGUAUAAUGCCUUAGCGCACAGAGUCUUCAUUCGGCCUUGA